AUGAAUGUUCCAAGGUCUCAAGACAUGCUAUCUAAGCCCUUCAGCUCGCUUUUACCGCCCCCAAAGCAUGUUGAUACAGAAAAGAAAUCUUUAACGGUUAAUGGUUCCAACAAAUCGAAGAAAGACACCGUGAUAUUAGACUCUUUGCGGCCCGAAAACUUACCCGUUGCAUCAAUUUCAGACUUCGUACCACUCAGACAGCGUGAUUUGUCGCUUGAAAUACCGCUGCCGACCGUCGAUGAAAUAAAGAGAACAUAUAAUAGAACGAAAGUAGUUUUGGAUAAACUAAUAAGAAAGAAGCUAAACCCCCAAUUGGUAAAAACCACUGCUAGUCAUAACAAUUCUCGGGAGGAGGUAAUUAGCUCAUUAAAUAGCUCGAGUGGAAAACGGGAAGUUAAAAUUAUAGAACAUAGAAAGGAUCCAUUACAACCUGUAACCCAUAGGAAAAGGAAGGUGGUAGCUCCAAAUGAAGAAAUACAGGCCCCAAUCUUACACAAGACUGAUGAUUCCACUACGAAACCUACUAAAGAAGAUGUAGAUAAAUGGCGUAUACCAUCAGCUAUAUCCAACUGGAAAAAUCCUAAAGGGUUUGCUAUUUCGUUGGAAAAUAGGGUCACUAUAGAAUCAAAAGGAGACGAACAAGCGUCUACUGCUAACGAGAAGCUACUUCAACUCUCUGAGGCAUUAGAUGAAGCUGAAAAACAGGCUAGAGAAAACAUAAAUCUAAAACAAGAAGCGAAAAAAGAACUGGAAGAACAGGAGCUUUUAAGGAAAGAACAGUUAUUACAGAAUUUGGCCGAACGCGCCAGACAAAGUCACAGAGAGGACCAUCGUAGACAAUAUGAGAAUGAGGACCAUUACAUAAGAGAAAGAGAGAGGUCAGAACGUAUAAGAGCUAAACGUGACGAAGAACGGUCAAGUAGAAUGAGUACUGCUGAAAAAUUAAGACGUCUAGCUCAUCAACAAGGAAGAGAUGUUUCUGAAAAGGUUGUUUUAAAUGCUGCCAAAGCCACCAAAGUAUCGGAUGUUCAGUAUGACUCUCGUUUGUUUACUAAAGCGGCAACCAGUUCUGUGAGCUCGACACAUCAGACGUAUGACAGUCCUUUGUUUAGCGCAACCCAAAUUGAUAAUAUAUAUAGACCGCCGGCCGGUUCCAACGAAGAGACUUCUGACAUUGUUGAUAGAAUAACAAACAAGAGAGGGAGAACUGGCCCGGUGGAAUUCAGCUCUGCUGAUGACAGUAAGGCACCAGAGGCAGAAGCAGACGACGAAGAACAAAUUAAAGAAUAUGGACUUCAUUUACGGAAGAAGCCCCACAAUAACUAA